ACACUGGCCACUGCCAGUGGUCUCAGGAUCCAUCCGCCAAUAUAUGCGUUCCUGGUGACAGUGGAGUGGAGACUACUCUCUGUCUCCUCUCACCAGGGUUCUGCCAUCGUUGCGCCAAGUUUAAACCUCCUUUCUCCGCCGCACGACUGCCAUUGUCUAUGUCAUAAUUCAUUGCCAGUGAAAGUCGGAAUGCUUGUGUGCCCUAUUAAAGCACGCUGAGCCUUAGAUCUCAGCAGUGGGUCUUUUGGAAUCAGUACCCAGUUGUCGCUAGAUUUGUCCUGCCGCUUAUACUGCAUCUACCAGGCUAUGUCUCUGACCCCCCAAUUCAUGGAAGGUCUCUGGCUGCGGAAAUCAUUCUCCGCGGCUGGCCAUACAUUACUAGUCUACGACUAUCUUCUGACUCUUCAAGAUGAAAUCCGUUACAUCUGGAAUGCCCCAUGGACGGUCGUUAAAGUCUUGUUUCUUCUCAACCGAUAUGUAAAUCUUAUCGGGCAGACUUUUAUCCGACUGGAAGAGGCCGGUCUCCUCGCUCAUAAUUCUCAAGAGUUCUGCCAAAGCUUCGCAAUUUUCACUACUUGCUUUAUGUAUCUAUCCACAGAGUCGAUUCAUAUUCUUGUGCUGAUGCGUGCGUGGGCCAUCUGGGGAACUCGGAGGAUCGUGACAAAGAUCCUCAUCUGGAGCUACAUUUCCUAUGUCCUCAUGCUGUUGAUCGGUUCGGCACGCAGUAUGAACGCCAGUCAUUUUUUAUUUCCGCAACUUGACGUGACCCAGAUUUGCGUGACGGCAAUGCCAAAAUAUGUGUGGUUGGUUUAUUUUGGAAGCUUUGUUCUUGAUACAGCACUAUUUGUCUUGACGAUGCGAAGCCUCCGCAAAUACUCUAGGGAAUUUCAGUUUCUCUACUCCUCUCAUCUCCUUCAUGUGCUCUUUCGAGACGCAAUGAUAUUUUUUAUUGUUAGCAUUUUUAGCAAUGCAUUAACCAUCGCCUCAUGGACUGCAUAUUCAGACAAUCCAAAAUAUUUCCUUGGUAAAGGGUUCGCGAGUCCAUUACUUUCAGUGGCCGGUCAGCGCCUUGUCCUGAACCUGAGAGGUCUGAAAACACGUACCUAUUCGACUCGCGAGCUCAGUCGUGAGGUUGACCGGCAACUCGAAGCAUUUGCUGAAGCAGACUCUCCAUGCAGAGACGACAUGGGUGACACGGCAGUAGGAUGUCGUCCCGCAUGAAAAUGGCUGCAUUCCUUCACUUCUUGAUAUUCAUAUCCAAGAUUCGCUGUAUCCUGAAUCGCAGUGACUGUCCGACCCACUGUACUAGAAUUGUAUUAUUAUACUAAUGGGUAGCUAGCGUGCCUUCAACAAAGUGCUCUUCUGCAGUGGUCUCAUCCUGAAUUUGACUAUUGCCUCACAUACCCACUGGCCCCUAUCAGACCUCCCUCGAGAUCGCAUGUUUAAU